AGGCGGGUUUUUUCUGCUCGAGGAGCAAGCAAGCAGCUUCGGGGUGGUUUCUUUCCGUGUUGCAAACCCAGGAUCUAACAUACUACUACUACUACUAAUAUUCAGAUUUUUCUUUUUGAAUCCUCCUUUUUUGCAAGCAUCAAAGCAAUGCAAACUUGAUAUAGAUAUAGAUACAUAAAGCAGCAGAGAUCGAUAGAGGCAGAUGGGGAAAAGCCACUGCCCAGAACAGCCAAGCUCUUUCCCUCUUUUUGAUUUCUUGGCGAAUAGUUGGGGAAAAGUUUUGAAUUUCAUUGAUUUUUCCCAAAAGAGUGAAUCUUUUGAGAAAGUUUCUUUUUCUUCUUUCCAAAAAAGUGAAAUAUUUUGGGAGAGAAAGAGAUGAGUUGCUUUUAAGGAUCUGAUCCUAAGGAAGGAAGGAAGGAAGGAAGGAGAAAGAAAGAAAGAAAAAGGAGACUAUUGGUCCAAGGAAUUUGAUCUGAGGAUGAUGGGUCUUCUUGUCCUUUUCUGCCCCCCUUCUCCCUCCUCUCCUUCCUCCCUCGGUUUUUCUUCCAGGCGAUCGCCCUCGGAGACUUAAAUGGGAUUUAUAGUUUUCCUGGAAAAAAGGGACUCAGAAGAGAAAGAAGAAGAAAGGGAAGAAGAGAAGGAGAGAGGAAGGAAAGAAAGAAGAAGAGGAGGAGAAGAAAGAGAAGAGACCAGAGAGCUGCUUCUGCUGCUCCUCCACUGUCUUGCCUUCCCAGUCCAGGAUUUGAACCCAGGGCCUGGCUCUGGCAUUGGGAUCUCCUUGAUGCUUUUGUGGGGGUUCGCAGGAAGGAUGCUCUGAGGGCUCAGGGCGAAACCAUGCCCUAAAGAGGACAACGGGAUGAAGGAGGGAGCAGCCUUCUUGGGACCCGGCUCCAGACUCAAGGCAGGGGCCAGGAGGGGAUUCCCUCAUCUCUGGACAAUUUUGUGUUUUACCUGUUUCCUUGGAUUCACACAGGGAAAUUCUGAAGAUGUGGAUGUCCUUCAGCGGUUGGGCCUGGUGGGUCCAAGGCCUCUGGGCACAUCGUCACGCUCCGUUCCUCAGGGAGUCAUCCCCUUCAAGUCGGGGGUCAUCUUUACCCAGCGCGCGCGGAUCGAAGUGCCAGUCAGCACGGUCAUUCCCACGGCUUUUGGCACAGACUUGGCAUUGGUGCUGAGCCUGUGCUCCCACCGGGUCAACAGCGCAUUUCUGUUUACCGUCAAGAGCAAGAAGAAGAAGCUCCAGCUGGGGGUGCAGUUCAUUCCUGGCAAGAUCAUCAUCUACGUUGGCCACAAGCGCUCCGUCUAUUUUGAUUACAACAUACACGACGGGCAAUGGCACAACUUCGCCAUAGAUAUCCGAGACCAAGCCGUCACCCUAUUUACCUCUUGUGGGAAGCAAAGGGUGCAUGCGGAUUUGAACCACAAGAAAGACGAGUCGUUGGAUCCCGGCGGGUCCUUUCUCUUAGGGAAGCUCAACCAGCACUCGGUGCAGUUUGAGGGUGCUCUGUGCCAGUUUGAUAUUUAUCCUUCCGCCAAGGCAGCUCAUAACUAUUGUAAGUUCCUGAAAAAACAAUGCAGGCAGGCAGACACCUAUCGGCCGAAUCUUCUGCCUCUCGUUCCACUAUUGCCCAAAGAGCCGAGUGCCUCUGAAAUGACUCCACCAUCACUGCUGGCACAGACAGACCUUUUCCUCCUAGGCUUGACCAACCUGACCACUGUGAUGCCUCCACCUUUAUUCAUCAAGGCCACCACUUCUCACAGGAGCAGGAGACCAGGGUUGGUGUCCACCACCAUUGUUCCCUCAAAGCCACCACCUCUUCCGCCAACCACCAAAGCUGCAAAAACGACAAUGAUGUCCUCUCCGGUCCUGCCAAAUGCCGAAGCCCAGCUCCAUCGGACAGCCACGGUAGGCCAUCCAACUUCCAAAGCAGCUCCCUGGACAACCACCGUAGCAACUUUUUCAAAAUCUCGCUCUACUUCCAAGGCAAGUUUGGAGAAACCUCAUUUGUCCAUGAACAAAACCCAUCCUCUGGCCUUGCCAAAUUCAACCGUGAGCCCCAUGGUAGCAGUCCAUAAGAAAGAGAUAGCAAAAGUGACCAAAGCUACAACCAGCCAAAGCCAAACUAUCAAGUCCUUUGCAACAUCUAGUGCCACAAAGUCACCGAUGAAAAAGACAGAGAAGUCCUCCAACAAUCUCCAUCCAGUGACCCUAAAACCCAAGAUGCAGAGUGUGACCAAGGCUCCCGUACCAAAGAAGCUGAUGACUGUGCCAUUGCUGAAGAAACCAGAUCCUACCAUUGUUGCUGUCCUGUCUACCAAACCAGUGCUUGGAGUUGUUUAUCCUGUCCUCAGAACAAAUGUGCAAAGUGUGAAUUUAACAAUGCCGCCUGCCACAGAUGGAUAUCAGAUCUUCGACCCAAUUGGACCCACUCUCUUUCCUUUUAUUAUGGGCCUUCCUGGACUAAAAGGAGACCGAGGACCUCCGGGUCCCCCAGGUCUUCCCGGUUUACCAGGACCACCUGGCAAGCGAGGCCCACGGGGUCCACCUGGUCCUCAUGGGAAUCCCGGACGGCCUGGACCACCUGGAUCUAAGGGCCAAAAAGGUGAUCCAGGUUUGUCACCUGGAAAAGCAUGGAACGGACAGAAGGGCCAUGUGGGUUUACCUGGGUUGAGUGGGCUUCCUGGACCAUCGGGCAGAAAGGGUCAAAAAGGAUAUCCAGGCCCAUCCGGUCAUCCUGGAGAUCAGGGCGAACGGGGACCCGAUGGAAACCCAGGUGCCAAAGGUUAUCCUGGCAGGCAGGGUUUACCUGGACCCAUAGGGGAACCUGGUCCAAAAGGCAGCCGGGGAUACAUUGGUCUACCAGGAUUGUUUGGGCUGCCCGGUGCCGAUGGAGAACGAGGGGUCCCCGGAGUUCCUGGGAAGAGGGGCAAGAUGGGUAGGCCGGGCUUUCCUGGCGAUUUUGGGGAACGUGGACCUCCUGGCAUUGACGGCAACCCAGGAGACGUAGGAGUCCUAGGCCCUCCUGGAGUUCACGGACUCAUUGGUGACAUGGGUGCUGUUGGAGCAAUGGGAUUUCCAGGGCCAAAAGGAUUAAAGGGACUGAUGGGAAAUCCCGGAGAACACGGACUGAAAGGUGAUAAGGGUGAGCAGGGAGUGCCGGGUAUUCCAGGAGAUGCCGGAUUCCAAGGAGACAAGGGUAGCCAAGGUUUGCCUGGGAUGCCAGGAGCUCGGGGAAAACCAGGUCCUUCUGGCAAUGUUGGCGACAAAGGUGCUGUUGGGAUUCCAGGACCUCCUGGACCAGAGGGCUUUCCGGGAGACAUUGGCCCACCGGGACUAAACGGCCCCGAAGGCAUUAAGGGAAAACCAGGGGCACGAGGGGUACCUGGCCCCCCCAGGACGACCCGGGCAAGAGGUAGGGAUGGUGAUGAAGGGCCAGUGGGACCACCUGGCAUUCCAGGGGCAGAGGGUCCGCUUGGCAGGAAGGGAUUUCCGGGAAAACCAGGUCCUGAUGGCUUAAAGGGUGAACCAGGGAAUGCAGGCCGACCAGGAAAAGUUGGUGAACAGGGUCUGAUGGGCUUCAUUGGUCCGGUGGGGGAACCUGGAAUAGUCGGGGAGAAGGGGGACCGAGGGAUGGUCGGACUUCCAGGACCACCAGGCGCCAAGGGGUCGAUGGGUCAUCCGGGAAUACCAGGUGGAAUGGGUGAACCAGGUCCUCCAGGACCACCGGGUCCUGCUGGAAUCCGCGGCCCUCCAGGAGUCAGAGGCUCAAAAGGUCGCCGGGGUGCCCGGGGUCCUGAUGGAUUAGUGGGCGAACCAGGAUCACGAGGCGCCAAGGGCCUUCUAGGGAAUCCAGGCAAAGAUGGAUCCGAUGGGCAACAGGGAAAGAUGGGAGAGAUGGGAGAGAUUGGACCACGUGGCUUUCCUGGUAUCCAAGGACCUUCUGGACUUCAAGGAACAAAAGGACCUCCAGGAGACCCGGGACCUCCAGGCGUGCAAGGUCCACCGGGGCCUUUGGGAGAAAUUGGACAUAAGGGACCGCCUGGCUCGAUUGGACGGCGUGGCCUUCCAGGUGAACCUGGCAUGAAGGGUGACAUUGGACCACUUGGGGUUCCAGGAGAACAAGGCCUUAUUGGUCAACGCGGUGAGCCUGGUCUUGAAGGUGACAGUGGCCCAGCAGGACCUGAUGGACUGAAGGGUGACAAAGGAGAACCUGGUCCGGAAGGAGAAAGAGGCAACAAAGGGCAAGAAGGCAUCAAAGGAAAAGAAGGGCCACCUGGAUAUCCUGGACUAACAGGCAUCCGUGGACCAGAAGGAAAACCGGGCCGGCAAGGGGAAAAGGGGAAAACCGGACUGAAGGGCAGCAAAGGCCAUCUGGGUCAACUUGGGGAGACCGGUCCACCUGGGAAGAUGGGCGCAAAGGGGACUCAAGGCCCGAAAGGAUCCAGAGGUACCCUAGGAGCUAUGGGUGCUCCAGGUCGAAUGGGCGUCCAAGGAGAACCUGGCUUAAAGGGCUACCAGGGGCACACCGGAUCCCCAGGACCAAUUGGAUCACCUGGGCCCAAAGGCGAAAAGGGAGAACAAGGUGACGAUGGGAAGACAGAGGGCCCUCCUGGACCGCCUGGAGACAGAGGUCCGCCUGGGGACCGAGGCCCUCGGGGAGAGUCUGGAGACCCUGGUUAUCCUGGUCAAGAAGGCCUCAGUGGAGAAAGAGGAAAACCUGGUCAGCAAGGCUUACCUGGACAUCCAGGACCACCAGGCCAACCAGGGCUGAAAGGAUCCAAAGGCAGCAUAGGUCAGAAAGGCAAGCAAGGGCGAAAGGGUGUCACGGGCAGCAGAGGCUCGCUGGGUCUUGCAGGACUGCCAGGGCCUAGAGGAGUGGUUGGAAGGCAGGGGCAGGAAGGCACCCCUGGAGCGGACGGGAUUCCUGGGAAAGAUGGCACCAUCGGCCAGAAGGGAGAACAAGGCGAGGACGGGGAAGAAGGUGUGCCAGGGAAGUCGGGGGAAAGAGGGAGCCCCGGUGUCCUCGGUCUUCCAGGAGCUCAGGGACCCCCAGGAUUCAAGGGAGAAACAGGAUUGCCUGGACAGACUGGCCCCUCAGGGAAAAGAGGUCCCUUGGGUGGAAUGGGGCUCCCUGGAAGUCCUGGAGAUCCAGGACUAAAAGGUCAACCGGGAGACUUUGGUGAAUCAGGAUUUCCAGGGAUCGCCGGCCUGUUUGGGCCAAAGGGACCUCCCGGAGAUCUCGGGUUCAAAGGUAUCCAGGGACCCAAAGGUCCACAAGGACUGAUGGGGAAAGAAGGAGUCAUCGGUCCAUUUGGGAUUCCAGGUCCAAUAGGAAGUCCGGGCACCAAAGGAGACAAAGGCAGUCGAGGUGAAACGGGAUUGCAAGGUCCAAAGGGUCCCCCAGGGCCUCGUGGACCCACAGGACCACCGGGCCCACCUGGAAUCCCAGUUACACUUCAGCAAGAUAGCUUUGGUGCAGCAUUCCAAGCAGUGAAGCAUACCAACUCUGUCUUCAAGUCGGAGACCUACCAGCAUCCAGACCUUCCAAUGCUGGACCAGGGAGGUGAGAUCUUUAAGACUCUGCACUACCUCAGCACCCUCAUCCAGAGCAUCAAGAGACCCCUUGGAACGAAGGAGAACCCGGCCCGCAUCUGUAGAGACCUCAUGAACUGUGAACAGAAGAUGCAGGAUGGUACCUACUGGAUCGACCCUAAUCUUGGGUGUUCUUCAGACAGCAUUCAAGUUACAUGCAACUUCACCCAAGGAGGACAGACUUGCCUCAGCCCCAUCGUAGCCUCAAAGCUGGACUUCGACACUGGAAGAGUGCAAAUGAAUUUCCUCAACCUCCUGAGCUCUGAGGUAGUGCAGAAUAUCACCAUCCACUGCUUGAACGCGUCUGUGUGGCGGGAAGGGCCUUCGGACACAACAUCGGUGCGCUUCAAGGCCUGGAACGGGCAGAUCUUCGAAGCCGGCGGGCAGCUCAGACCGGACGUAGUGGCCAAUGAUUGUAAGAUUCAGGACGGACAGUGGCACCGGACCCUCUUUACGUUUCGGACCCAGGACUUGCACCAGUUGCCCAUCGUCGACAUCUACAACCUUCCCCCAUCGGAGCCUGGGAAGCAAUAUCUCCUUGAGGUUGGGCCUGUGUGUUUUCUCUAAACGGGGCGGCCUCUGUCAUCCUUUGAGCUUAGGCUUCCUUUGUUUUGGAGAUGGCGCAUCAUGGAGCAAAAGGGCUCAACCGCUUCCAAAUGAGCCUCCAAAGGACUGGCCCUGUAGCGUUUGGCCCACCGAAAACCAUCAUCGGGAAUCCUUGGUCCAUCAGACUCUCGUUUCUUCCGAUGCAGAGAGAGCAGAGAGAAUAUUGCUUUUUGCAGAAACAUGACAUUAACCGAUGGCUCUUAGGAAGCUGAAGCAGAAGGCCAGUCGAACCGACCGAAUCCUAUACCCAAAGAUUUUAGAAAUAUCUUCGUUCCGCCAAAGAAGAUGUUAGAUAAGAUCUCACAGAAAGAAAAACAAAAACAAAACCCUGUCUAGUUGUUUUGAUACCAAAAAACGUGGCUUUCCAGGACCACAGACGCAAAAAACCAAGGCAGGGUUUGUGGGAAGGAGAUAGGAAUAUAAGCCUUGGAAAGAUGGCUUUGUUGAACUUGUUUCAUCUUGCUUGUUGUUCUGGAACAGGAAGCAUUUUGAUGUGCAAUAUUAGAGCGAAAGAAAAAAAGAAAGAAGUAUAAAUAUAUUAUAUUAUAUAUUAUUUAAGGCAAAAAUAAUAAUAAUAAUAAAAUAAAACCAAGUGAGAUGCUUCUUCCCUUCAUGGGAAAACAAAACAAAACAAAACAAAACACAAAAUCCCUUUUUGUAUGUAUAUGAGGAGGGAAAUAUAUCCAAAACAGGAAAGAAGCGAUUGGUGCUACAUUGAAAAAAGAAAAGCAAAAACAGAGAGAGAGAGAGAGAGAUCAUGAUAGAGAGGGGAAGGGUUUGUUUCAUUUGAUUCUACCUCUCGCUGUGAAGUACCUGGUGCUCUUUUAUUUUUUAAACAAGAAUUGUGUUAUUAUAUAUAUACAUAUAUAUAUAUAUAUAUAUGACUCAAACUAUUUAAGGUUCGAAGGGGUGCUACGGUGUCUCAUCGCGAGGCUCCUCCGCCGAAUCCUCCAUUUUGGAACGAAAGAGCGGAGGAAACAAAACCGAAGGGAAGCGGAGGGAGGCCUCGGUGGGGCGUUGCCGUCUUCAGUGCGACAACCGACAAAUCGAUUUUUCUUAACUUAAAAGUGCAUUAAAUAUUUUACGUGGGUUUAUUUUUAUUUUGUACGUUCUUCGGAAUCCAGGUUUUCUCUUUAUUUUUUAAUUUCUGUCGUUUGUGGGUUUGUAAAGUAAAAAAGCAAAAGCACAGCUUUUAGGGGAAUGGGUUGUUUUUCCCCCGUAGCGCACGAACUGAGCUUGUAAAAAGAAGAAAAGAAAUGAAACUCAUAUUUCUGCUGUCCUUUGUGUGUUUGUGUGUAUGUGUUUGCGUCCUUGUGUGUUUUCUUGUGCAACUUACCAAAAUAUUAGGCUGCGAGGGAACCGAAAAAGGCGAGAGAGACAGAAAAGGAGAGGAUUUUUAAUCCAUGUUAGCUUUUCUUCUAUAAAUAAUCAGUCUGUUCUGUUUCUCUGCUGACUCUGGGUUUGUUAUCUAUUUAGUCAAUUGAUCAAUCAAUCGACUGAUCAAUCACAUUUAUUGAACCGUAAGUCAUCACACACACACAAAAAAGGUUCAGGCAUAAUGCAAAAACGAUAAAUAGAUGAGACAUUACAAUGUCACAUUGGAUAACUUUAAAUGCAGAUUAAAUGCCGAAACCUAACAAGUCCUUCUUUGAAGAUCCAUCUGGUUUAAAGAAUAGGGAUAGAAAUACUGUUUAACUGAAAUCUGUAUGUCGAGAUGUAUAUUUGGAGAGGUACUCUGCCAACUUCUUUGCCCGGUCGGUCUUCUUGGAUGGCUCCUUUACGUUUUGUUUUUCUGUUUCGCUCUGUUUUGUAGAAACCUAGACUCUAUAUGUAAAUUUGGAGCUUUAUAAAAAGAGAGAGAAAAGGAAUGAAAGAAAGUGGAGGAUUAAUAUUAUGGUAAUCGUUUUUUGGUUUUGUUUUGUUUAAGAUUCUAUAUAAGGAAUGUAAUAUUGAUGUAACCGGCGCCGUACUGUAUUUCGAAUGGCUUUGGUGCUUGUCCUUUUAUUUUUGAACCCUCUUUGUGUUUCGUAAAAUAUAUGUGAGUCUUAAUCUGUGUGUAUUCUUUGGAAGAAGAAAAGGAACUGUCUUUGGCUUGCUUUUAACCGAAUUUAAAACCCGCGUCCCUUUCUCCUUGUUGCUGAACCUCUUUCCUUUCGUAGCUUCUGGUCUUGGUGCUUUCCUCCCAAAAUACCUCAACCUAAAAGAAGGGCAUUUUUCACUAAAACCAGCCUGGGACCCUCCUGAUGGGUUUGGGCUACAUUCCCCAUCAUCCCCGUCAAUGUAUUAGAUUUGGAGGGUGCCAUUCUGGUCUCAAACCGUCACUCAUCCCCAAAGUUCCCUUUGGGUGAAAUGAUGAUCACAGGUCCUUUCUCCUCUCUAUUUCUUCUUCUUCUUGGUCAUCUUCGUUCCACCUUUCCCUCCCUUUUGUUUCUUCUCCAUUCCCUUGUCAAGUGGAUCCUCAUAUCUUCAUAGAACCAGUGUGCCUUUUUCCUCCUCCGUUCACGUUAACCACCUUCCUCCCUUUUUCUUUUCCUUCCUUUUUUAAAAUAAGAAAACCCAGCCAAACCUGAGCAAAUGCUAAAACAAAUAAAUAUUUAAA